UGAUAACCUUCCUGGCUAGAAAACAACAGAGGACGUUUUAGCCACAACAUUGAAUGAGCUGCAGCUUACACCUGUAGACUGAUUGUUUUUUAGCCAGAGGGUUUUCAAGGCUGUGGUCUAAAAAAGAUAUUGAGGAGCCCAAAUAUAUGUUCCUAACCAUGAAAUCCUGGAUGCCCAGCACUUACGCUUACGUGAAAAAGUACAUUUUUCUAGUUGCCCAAAGGCAAAUGUUAGGCACUUCUAGAGCACAGCCCUGGUUUUAUAGGAGAAACGUGAUCUGUAAAUACAACAACAUUGGUAUGUUAUAUGACCUUGCUCUUUGUUUUGUUUUUUCUUUUUCAGAUGACUUUCGAGUGUUUUGUGGUGAUCUUGGCAACGAAGUGACUGAUGAGAUUUUAAGUAGAACAUUCUCAAAAUAUCCAUCUUUACUGAAGGCUAAAGUUGUUCGCGACAAAAAAACAAACAAGAGCAAAGGAUAUGGGUUUCUUAGUUUUAAGGAUCCCAAUGACUUUGUCAAAGCUAUGAGAGAAAUGAAUGGAAAAUAUAUUGGUAAUCGACCAAUCAAACUAAGGAAAAGCACUUGGAAAGAUCGUAAUAUAGAAGUUGUCAAGAAAAAAGCGAAAGAAAAGAAGCGCUUGGGAUAUAGAUAGCAGUUUGUUACUUCAGUGAAUCCUUUAAAAGUCUUACAUUAUUUCAACCCAUCAUGUAAAUGUUUCAAGCAAUUAGGUUGCAGUGUAAGUAAGUUUAUGUAUAUAUAAUGUUAUGUUAAAUAAAGGUGUUUUUCCAAGAUAUCUGUUAAGUAUUAAUUGCAAUUCCUGUCUUUACAGUGGAGUGAAAUUUCAUGGCUUAUGAAAAUGUGAAAUGUCUAAAUCUGUCCUUAUCUGUUUUCCUCCCUGUGCAUUGUGCUUAUUUUAGUUGCAUUCUUAAAAAAAAAAUAGUAAUAGGUCUUUUACAACAAUUGUUGGUCUUGAGGUAUUGUCAUGAUAAAAACAAGAAUUAAACAGGAUGUGGCGAGGAAUUACAGUCAUGAUUUUUAGAAAUCAGGGUCCCAUAUGAUGAGUCUCUUGAGUCCAGGAACCCUGGAUUCAACUAUUGCACUCUACCUUUCACUGGCUUUGUCUGAGGAGAGAACUAUUUCUGUGAUUGGCCCAGGUUCAAUAUACUUUUCACCGUCUUCUCCCAAGGGGAGAAGUAUUUCUGUGAUUGUCCUAGGUUUCAACUCCAGAGGAAAACCAGUAGAAUGUGGUUUAUGUCAUAACAUUCUGAUAAUAACCCCUGGGCUUGUAUCUCUUCAAAAGCAUUGUUUGGUAGGCUUAUAUAAUGAUUGCUUUUUUAGGUGGGGGUGGGGUAGGGAGUUGUUGCUUAUUUCAUUGGAAGAAAUUUUUUUCUCAAAUGUAUUUGCAGUGGAUUUUAACAGUGGAAAUAUGUUGAAAUGGCUUACCUUUUACCAGUACUACACCAAAAUGGCUCCCCUAGAAGUCAAUUCACCAUGCAAGUACACAAGAAAGCACAACUUUAAUGUAUGAAAAUUAUCAGGGUUUUCUGAGAAAGUAGAUUUAUAGAGAAGUUGUAUAUUCUCCAGAAAAAGGUAACUAAUGGUUAUUCAGAGAUAAAAAACAAAACAAAGUUUGGUAGGGAAAAUUACAACUGUCAUACUUCCGUUGUAGUUUUUUGUCUGUGAAACCAUUAAAAUAAAUAUGGCCAAAUUU